AUGAAGCCGGGGCCUAAAAUCGGCUCUCUCCAAAAGCGGAAAAAAUGUCGCCGUUCGGACGACACAGCCCAAAGCCGCCACCUUAACUUUCAGUCAAACUCGUGCAACCCUAACCUACGUUCGGACAAUAAUGACCUCAACGUCCUCAAUGAUGAAUCUGAGACAGAAGGGCUGGUCCCCACUGAUUAUGCGGAAACAGUGCAUGGAACGAAGACAGAUGAAGGUGGUAAAACACAAACUUCGCAUCUGAAUAUGCACGAUCUCUCUUACAUACUCCACCCAUCUCAUGAAUCGAGAAUUCCCAAUACCGAUCAAAACCAGAGCGCGUGCUUUGAUGAUGAGGAAAAGGGCGGGGUUCGCCGUCAAGCUUGCGCAGAGCUAGGUGUGUCACAAUUUGUGAUGAAUCAAAUGAUUCGAGCUUUUUUUGACAACAUGGUCGCGAUCAAUAUCUUUCAUGAACCUUCAUUUGCAGAAAAGCUUUCAAAGAUUUCUUCUCUGUAUCAACUGAGUGCCCUGCUCGCUGCCAUAGCUGGGUAUUCUUCACGUUUCAUUGGCUCCAGGACAAAUAUCUCGCCUCUCGGUGAACAUCGAACUGCAGGCAAAAGUCAGCAACAACCUGAAUAUUUCGUUGGCCUUGCCUUCAAUUACGUGAACAAGGCUCUUGUGUCAUGUGAUGAUGAGUCGCCAUCUCUUUGCAUUCUCCAAGCCCUCAUUAUUGCAACGCAUUGCCAACUGACUCGAGGGGUUCGCGGCAAGGCAUGGAGGUCACUGGGGCUGUGUGUUCGUUUGGCAUACGAGAUGAACUUGCACCAUCUUGAUUCUAGAACGGUUGCAAAUCCCGACAAUAUCCACCAGUGGCAAGCGGACGAAGAAAAGCGCCGUGCCUUUUGGGCAGUCUGGGAGAUGGAUGUUUUCGCCAGUACUAUUCGCCAGACACCAACCGCCAUUGACUGGGGACACAUGGAGAUCCUCCUGCCUGUUGAUAACGCCAAUUGGUUCUUGGGCCACCCCAGUUCAAGCUGCUUCAUGGAUGCUGACCCAAACCAAUCUUGGAAGGCGCUCCAGGAUAGUGGCAAUCAGUCCCCCAAAGCAUGGUUUCUGGUAAUAAACUCUUUCAUGAAGAUAGCGCAUAGCACUUCUGACCCCCAACGGCUAUCUGCUAUGGACAAUCCGGGCCACUACCAACCCGGUCACCCCACCCCAGGAUUGGCCGAGGAGCGUUGUCGGAAAUUGGAGAAACUGGGGAACGCAUAUCUGGCCUUCGGCGCGCCGGUACAAUCGCGGCUGGAGUCUCAACGACAGCAGCACUGCUCUUUAUACAACAUAUUCGUCAUGACACAGCUGGUUUGGUUGAUGAUCCACAGGCAUGACGCAUUCAGACCUCAAACCCGUCAAUCCGAAACCAACCAUUUGUACCGUCCCGGGGAUGGGGAUGUGGCCGGUGGGGUUAUAUCCAGCCCACAUGACACUGGAUGUACUGCACAACGACAGUAUUAUGAAGCAGCCGAUCGCAUCUUAAGAAUUGUGAGUCAAAGCUGCGAAGAUCAUAUUCAGCACAUCUCUCCGUUCCUUUCCAGCACCUUGUGGCUUGCCUCGGCGGUGCAGCUAGUCCGCAAAUACUUUACUCGAGAUCCUGCAAAUCGAAGCUUGAUCAAAUCGCGGUUCGACGUUCUGUACAUGACCUACAGGCGGUGCGUUGAGUUCUGGGGCACCCAAACCGCUAUGCAGCGGAAUCUGGAGUCGCUCGAGGAGCAAUUAGAAGCUAGGAAAAGAAAGAUGGAUAGUCAUGAGAGCCAAGCUUCGUCAGCCCACCAGGCGAGCCACAUCGAGCGCCACACGAAGAGGAAACGAACGCACCAGACCGUGUCACGUACCACGGAGCAGGAUAAUGUCCCCCAUCUUCCAAGCACGAGAAGCGUCAGAAACAACCCUCCUGAAUAUAUACCGGAAACACCCAUUCCUCUCGAAACCUCAGCAUUGCCCGAUGGCGACAACCAGAGCUAUGUAAGACAGCACCCGGCUGCGGUAGAUAGUAUGGCGAUGUUGGACAUGAUGCUUCCUCCGCAGUCCGAUAGCGGCCAGAGUAGUGGGACGUGCAUGAUGCCUACUGGCUCCGAUUAUUUUGAUCCAACGGUCCUAAAUUUGGGUGACGCUCACCAUGAUCAGAUUCUGGAUUUGCGCGACUUUGAUCUUUCUGGUGACAUACAGGAUUUGCUUGCUGAGUGGAUCACAUACUGA